AUGAAUUUGACAGUUUACAGAGUGGGAUCGGCCUCGAAGGUAUUUAUCAACAUUUCAAAAAGCUCCUCGUUCCAGUCCUCUGAGAAUUUGUACCCCAACUAUUCAGCUGUGGAGAGAAACAACCUGAUGAGACUGGCUCACACCAUCCCCUUCUCCCCCGUCUCCAUUCCAGGAGGCGAAGAGGUGAGCGUCUACUCUCUGGACCCGUUGUCCCCUGGCGUUGAGCCCGAGUGCGGCACCGACUGCUCCUGGUCCACACGGGGCCUGUCCGCCAUGCUGCGGCCCCUCGGCCCCUCGGAGGCCCCUCUGGGGGGGGCGGGGGGCCUGCGGCGGGGCCGCAGGGUGCUGUGUACCUGGGCGGAGCGCGGCGCGCUCACACCUGGCGCGGUGUACGUGGCGAAAGCCCACGGGCCGCAGGAGGCGUCCCUGCAGCUGUGCUUGAGGGAGAUCCAGCAGCAGAGAGCGGCCCAGGAGAUGAUGCGCGUCUUCAACUCGGUCAAACCCGCCGAUAUGCAUCACUCACCGAGGUUUCUGGACGUGGCGCUGGUCCUCUGGCAUUCAAAUGGCCAGUGGCUGACCAUCGAGAGGAACAUGUCCGGGGACUUCAGGAAGUACAACACCCGCAGCGGAGAAGAGGUCGCCCCCUGCUGUUCACUGGAGGAGAUGCUGCUGGCGUUCUCCCACUGGACCUACGAGUACUCCUGCAGAGAGCUCCUGGUGCUCCAUAUGCAGGGUGUAGGAGAGGAGCUGACUGAUCCAACCGUUCUUGUGGCAGAUCAUCUACGGGGGAGUAGCAGUGAGAUGCUUUUCGGUCCAGACAGCCUCGGAGAUGCCGCCAUCAGCGCUUUCCGGCAGAAGCAUUCUUGCGGUGCCUGUUGCCACAGACUGGGCCUCGCAGAUUUAAGAACGGGUCCGUACAGCUGCAAGAACAGCAGCGAGGCGAAGCCGACCAGAGGAGAAGGACCGGAGGCCCGUGACCGCUGCCCGAGGAAGUAGAGAAAGAAGAAGCUCACGCUCGCUUUUAUCCACGCGUUUAAGGCGCAUUUUCACCGAUUAAACCGAUAAACUUGUUCUCUUAAAACAUGUCCUCAGCUGGGAGACUAAAGACUGAACUCUCAUCACAAGCAUGAUGUGAAAUCAU